AGCAUCAGCCAAGAUUUGCGUGUUUUGAGCUGUAUGUACUAUUGGCUCAGUACGCCGGAAGGGGAGUGUGUUAUACGUCCGGUUGUCUGUCCCUUUCGAUGUUGUUUCGUGUUAGCUGAGAAAAAACAAUAGUGGCAUGGAUUUGCCUUGCCAACAGCAUUAUGAGGGUGCCAGAAGAUCCGUGGCGUGUAAGUGGAGCUUGGCAGAAGCUCAGCACAAACUGAAUAGUUUGGCCCUUCAUAAUUCAGAAUCUUUAGAUCAAGAAUGUGCCAAGGCCCAGACUGAUGUGUCAGAAUUGCAACGUAGCGAAGAAGAAUGGAGGCGGAAAGAAGCCGCUCUGCCACUGGGUGAGAACUGGGGAAUGUCUUCUUCUUCGGAUGCCUUUAGUCAAGAUGUAUUUAAUAAGAGUUUUAUUAAUCAGGUUAAAACCAGAGAGAAUGAAGAUGAAUCUCAAUCUUUUUUACAGAAGUAUGAAACAAAAAUUCGUCACUUUGGAAUGCUUAGCAGAUGGAAUGACAGCCAGUGCUUCCUGUCUGAGUACCCGGAUCUUGUGUGUGAAGAAACUGCCAGAUAUCUCCUGCUGUGGUGUUACCAUUUAGAAAGUGAGCAGAAGAAAGCACUUAUGGAGCAAGUUGCUCACCAAGCAGUUGUUAUGCAGUUUAUAAUUGAAAUGGCAACAAGCUGUAAUGUGGAUCCAAGAGGAUGUUUUCGCUUGUUUUUCCAAAAAACCAAAGAAGAAGAAGAAGGGUAUUUUGAAGCUUUUAAAAGUGAACUUGAAGCAUUUAAAUCAAGAGUUCGAAUGCACAUUGAGUCCCAAAGAUAUGAGGCUGCGAUGGGGCAGAAUAUAUCUUUUCUUGGACAUAUGGGUACACAGUGUUGUAAUCAGCAGGAUAUUCUACAGCGUCAUCCAAGUACUGAUAUGAGUCGUUUUAAAUCCAUGGAGCAGAUGGAGGAAGAGGACGGAAAGAUGAUGGAUAUGUUAUAAUGUCUAAUGAAGCGCUGCAGCCAGUAUUGCUACAUGAACCUAGUAUGGCUGUGUCCUUCUCAGUGACAUUUACUACUACACAAUGCUGCACUUUAUUUAUUGGUUUUAGUUUUUUCAUUGGGUAAUGUGCCCAGAUGAGUUUGUGGUGUCUUACAGCGUGAACAUAUUGCUGCUAUUUUCCAUGUCAGACAGGAGAAUGGAACUGAAUGCAAUGCUUCUGCCAAUAGUAGUUUUGCCUUCAACCUUGCGCCUUGGUUUUUAUGAGGAAAAGUAUUAAAAACUUGAAUAAAGAGAAAACCAGUACUAUGUACCUAAUUCCGACUGGCCCAUUGCUCUGGAACAUUGUUGUAUUCUCUCUCCUUCAUGAUUGAUUUUAUUAUUUUUCACAACAGAGGAAAGGAAAUGUAUAUACUGUAGUAACCUCUUUUCUAUCAAAUAAUCAAUGCUGAAAAUGUAUCUUAAACGUUUACUUCUGAGAUAAAAAUCAUUUGGAUUGAA